AUGGCCGAUUUCUUCACUGAUAGCGACGACCACAAGGCAGUAGAGGAGCUCUUAUCUCAGGUCAUGGACGCCACCGUUCUCGAGCAGGUAGCCGCCGUCAAUUGCGCCGGCUUCAACGACGACGGCCUCCCUUCCCGUCUCCAAACCCGCUUUCAGAAGCUCAAAUCUUUCCCAUCUUCAGCCGCGAAUCCCACAAAAAGCUUCAACCUUUCACACGCGAACGACACCCCAAAUCAAGCAAAACCCCCCCUUGUUUCCAGCGAAGAAGAAAAAGGCGCGGAGAAGAAUGUGGAAAAUCAGCCCACCAAGCGUUCGACAGAAGUCCCAGAUGAAAAUCGGUCUGCCUCUCCAGCGGCGAAAGGCGGCUGCUUUUUGUGUUCUCCUAAAAAGGCGUCGAGGAAAAAGAACAAAGAAAAUAGGGGUUUUGAUUGUGGGAAGAGCGAUGAGCUGUUAUCCGAUUUGAGUAAUUUUUCUGUGAGAAGUCAGAGAAGGUUGAUGAAGAAGGCUAUGGAGGAGGAGAGGAUUUCUUGGGAGGCUGAGAAGAUUGUCAAGUGGGCUAAACAGACCUCUGCAAGAAUGGAAUUUUCUGGGGUUGAAGAUGAGCUAAGUGAUGAUGAUAAUGCUAAAUUUGCAUGA